AUCUGAAAUUCUUCUCGUCUCCAGCUUCAAUCUCGUGUCUGUAACCAAAUACACUUCAAUCCAGCUUCCUCUUUCGCUUGUGGUGGUGUCUCGCUCGAUUUACACAAAUCUCGACUCGGUAUCUCACUUGUUCUCUAUUGUUGUUGACGAUAUCAGAUCUCGUCAUUCUGUUGUUGUGGCUUAACUGGAAUUGUUCUGUUGUUGAUUGUGUAUACACCUUUUGUCGGAGCUGUUGUUCCGAUGGAUAAAGCUUGGGUUUGGUUACCAAGGAAUAGCCUUGAGUACGAGGAAGGAGCAACUAAGUUUGUGCUUGAUGCAGCAAGUUGUUUGGGUAAUGUAUUAGCUAUGUUCUGUCCUUGCGUUGAUUGCCGGAAUGUGGUUCAUCAGUCAAAUGAGACAGUGUUGGAGCAUCUAGUGAUUAGAGGGAUGGAUCUUAAGUACAAGAGAAGCAAAUGUUGGAGUAAACACGGGGAGAUAAGUGAUAAGACAACAGAUGUUCAUGCGUCUGAAAAUGAGGCUUAUGACUUGUUUAGGACAGCUUUUAUGGAAAGCGAGGGCAAGCAAUCAUCUCAGCAGAAUAAUGUAGAAGAGUCUGAAACAGUAGAGACAUUAGGUACAUUAGCAGGAUGUAAGGUGAAGGGGAAGCAAGCUUGUAAUGUUUGUGGGAAGGAUACACCUCACAGAUGGUUAAAGUUCAGUCGCAAGCAUGUUUAUAUGGGAAACAGAAGGCGUUUGAGGCCUGAUCAUCCUUACAGGCGUAGGAAAGUGUGGUUUGACAAUACAGUUGAGCUUGGUACUGCUAACAGGAUUCAAAGUGGAGCAGAAAUCUAUGAGUGCCUUAGAGAUUUUAGGAAUGAAUUUGGUAGACCUUUAGAAAAGAAAGGCAAGAGAAAGAGGAUGGAAGCAGAUGAUGAUGAUGAUGAUGUGAUUGCAGCUGAAGAGUAUGAAGAAGAUGAUGAUCAAUGGCGGUGGAAAAAAAUGUCAAUCUUCUUUCAGUUGGCUUACUGGAAGGAUUUGCCUGUAAGGCAUAAUAUUGAUGUAAUGCACGUGGAAAAAAAUGUUUCUGAUGCACUGCUAUCAAUUCAGAUGCAUAAUGGGAAAUCCAAGGAUGGUUUAAAAGCAAGAAAAGACUUAGAGGACAUUGGAUGUAUCCAUUUGAGAGUAAUUAUUGUUAUUGCCAUUAGGUACAUGAAGACACUUAAGGCAUAUGUGAAGAAUUUUGCAAGGCCAGAAGCUUGUAUGGCUGAGGGCUACUUGGCUGGUGAAUGCAUUGCAUUCUGUUUGGAGUUCCUCCAUAAAUCUGUUCCAGUACAAGAAACUCUUAAUCGUAAUGAAGAUCUUGAAGCAGAUCAACAAAUUCUUGAAGGCAGACCACUACAUAAAGCUACAGAAAAGACUCUUACAGAUAAAGAACGAGACAUAGCUCAUCGGUAUAUUCUCAUGAAUACAGCAGUCAUGGAACCAUACAUUGAGUUGCAUUUGGAAGAACUGCAAGCUACAGAUGUAAGAUGUGCAAAAAAUGAAACACUCUUGUGGAAAUAUCACACAGAAAGGUUCCCACAAUGGAUCAAAGAUAAGAUACCAAGUAACUCAAAAGAUCAUUCUAGUAGACUGAGAUGGCUUGCAUUUGGACCAAGACAUAUUGCUCAAACUUACAAGGGAUCAAGUGCUAAAGAUACUAGACAAAUGGCAGAUAUAGUAUCAUUCUAUGGAGUGAUAAAGGAGAUCUUGAUGCUGGACUACCACAAGUUCCAGAUUCCAGUUUUUAGGUGUAUUUGGGCUAACAAAGGGAAUGGAGUGAAAGAGGAGGAUAGUUUCACACUUGUCAAUCUCCAUAUGAACCAGUCAGCAUACUUAAAUGAUCCUUUCAUUUUGGCAUCGCAGGCUAAGCAAGUUUUUUACUCUAGAGAAGAUGACAGCUCACCUUGGUAUGUUUGUAUGAGGGCGCCACCAAGAGGGUACCAUGAGCUAGAAACAGUAGAGGAGUUUGUUUCUGGACCAUUAUCAGCAGGCCUUGAUGUCACUCCUGUAGUGUCAUUGAAGAAGAAGAGAAACAAGAAGUCUAUCAUUGAAGAGAAUGAAAGAGACAAUGUAGAAGAGAGAAUAGAAGUGGCUACUGAAGGAGAUGAUGGUGUAGAGGAAGAAGAUAUUAAUGGAGAAGAAGAUAUUGAAGAACAAGAGAAUGGAGCAGAAGAUAAUGAAGAACAAGAUAAUGGUCAGUCUCAAGAGAAUGAAAGAGAGAAUGAAGUGGAAGAUCCAAUCCCUCCUUCCACAGCAGGUGCCUCUGAAACCCAGACAAACCAGUCAGACAACAAAAAGAGGAAGUCAAGAGGUCCAACUAGAAUGCGUAAAGUGGCAAAGAAUCUUGAGGAUAAGGUAGAAGUGGAGUUUAAUGCUCUUGGUGAGCAUGUUGGUAAGGGAUCAGUGACACUCUCCUCUUUCCUUGGUCCUCUAGCAAGAGAGCAUGUGCCUGUACUGCUAGAUGACUGGAGACAGCUUGAUCAAAGGACAAAAGACGUUAUGUGGGAAGAAAUUCAGGGGAGGUUCAAUUUAAAAGAGGAUUGGCAGAAAGAAGCAGUAUUUAAGCAAAUGGGUGGUCUGUGGAGGGCUGCCAAAUCCAAGCUUGUUACCAAAGUGAGAUCUACUAAAAGCAAAGUUGCUCUACAGCAACUGAAGCCUAGCAACGUCCAAUGUACAUCAGCCUGGAACAGUUGGGUUAAGAACAAAUGCACAGCAGCUUUUAAGGAACGAAGUGAGAAAUACAGGCAACUGAGGAAGGGUCAAAUUCCUCAUACUACAAGCCGCAAAGGAAUGACUCGCUUAGCUGAUGAGAUGAAAAAAAACAGUUCUGAUCCUAGAAAAGUUACUAGAAGUAAGGUGUGGAUAGCAGGACAUACACAUUCUGAUGGGAGACCUGUGAGGGAAGAGUUUGCAGAAACUAUUGAAAUGAUCAAGACCAUUGAUAGUGAAAUGGACUCCACCACAUCCACGGAUAAUGUUAGGGAAGAUGCUGUGAGUCAGGUACUAGGAAAAGACAGACCUGGAAGAGUUAGGGGGAUGGGCAGAGGAGCAACUGUUACUAAGUUAGCAUUCUUACAGACAAGAGACUCUCAUGUCAAGAAUCUUGAAGCUUCUCAAGCAGAAUUGAAAAGUAAGCUUGAAAGUUUGCAGAAUCUGAGACAGACUGAUGAUGUUUCCAUGUCUGACUUAAGCAAUGUUAGCAAAGAAGGAGUUAGGUGCCAGCUUCUUGAUUGGUGUUCAAAUGUUGAGGUGGUUGUUGGUGAAGGAGAAUUCUGCUCCAGUGAACACACAUAUAAGAUUGGUAGAAUACCAUUGGGUCGCAAUGCAGCUGCUGUACUUGUGAAGUCCACAACAGUUAUACAUGCAUCUGUCUGGAGACCUACUCCAACCAUUUUCACACUUAAUGAAGCUGUUGGACAUAAAAUUGCAUGGCCACUUGACAAGAUUAUAUUGGAUGAGGAUAUUAACUUGUCCCAACCUACUAAGUCUGUCGAAUCAGAGCAGCCAACAGAUGAAUCACUAGGAAGAAUUAAAAUCUUUCAGUAUUGGAGUGGAGAUGAUGAUUUGAUUGCUGAGGGUAUGUUGUUGUCAACUGACCAUAAUGAAUUGGUGGAUGGUAGACCUCUGGGACAUGGUGCUGCAGUUGUUAAGGUCCUGGAGGUGGUUAAAUCUGAGGCUUAUCUGUGGAGACCAAAUCCUCCAAUCUCAUUGAUGAGUGAUGCACUAAAUGAGACCAUCGCAUGGCCUAUUGAUAGAAUACAACUCCUUGAUGUACCUGCAAAUGAUGAAUCAACCAGAAAAUCACCUAAAAGUGCAACUACUCCCAGUUCUACUACUCCCAGCACUGCUACUAGCAAAGGUGCUAAGCAGAAGUGUUUUCUAUUAGAUAUUGAUAACACUGGGCAGAGAGUUGCAAUAGGUCGGGUGUCUUCAACUGAUCCAGCAGAGAAGGUCCAUCACGUCCCUUUAGGUGCCAACGCUAGCAAGGUCUGGGUAGAGGUUUCCAAGGUUGAGGGUGCACGAGUGUGGAGAGCAAAUUCUGAAGUUAAAGUCAUUGCUGAUGCAGUAGGAACCACUGUGGCUUGGCCUAAUGACAAGAUUAUAUUCAUGUGAUUUGAGUUUUAGUACUUUUGAACUAAGUGUUUAAAAAUGUAAAACUUAUGUUUGACUCUUUUGGAACAAAUAAUUAAUGAAGUAUUUAAUGAAAU